AUGUCUUCAGCUCAAAGGCCAGACCUCAAGACAUAUGCGAAGACCGUUUGUCUGCGAAUGCCGACACGACUGCGAAGGUUUCAGUUACCAGUGUUUCAGAUGGAAGUGUCGUCUCUAAGACAUCAGUUGAUUGAGUUCUCGACAGAGACGCCCAAAAAGACUUCAAAUCGGAACUCAUUGACCAAUAGGUCGUCGGCCGCAGACAUGGACGCCAUGUUUGAUAAGUCAGAAAUGGAUCAGUUGUUAGUGGACGCCAAGAAUGAGAAGCAAAAGUUCGAGACAAUUGUCCGCCAAUUGAGAGAACAGUUAACAAUGGCUGAGACGGAAGUGAAGAAACUGAGACAUCAGUUGGCGUUGACUGAGAGUGACUCCAAAGAGGAGAUCCAGAAACUGAUACAACAGAUCAAGAGCUUUGAGCUCAAGUGCAAUGAGUUUCGUGAGACCAAUGAACAGUUGAUUAUGAAGUUAAAGGCGGCCGAACACCAGAAGCUCGAGACUGAGCUCGAGGCUCAACGGUCGGCCAUUGAGGACAGGAGACAACUGAUGGUCCAGUUGUCCGAUAAGAACAGACUUGUGGCCGAACUCCAGUCCAGUUUAGCCGAUAAGCAGCAGGAGAUCAACAGAUUGAAUGGUGUGAUGGCCGCCGACAAAGAGGAGUGGCAGCAGUUCCAGACGGAUCUGUUAACCACUGUUCGAGUGGCCGAGGAGUUCAAGACUGAAACACUGCUUGAGUGCCAGAAAUUAAUGCAAAUCAACAGAGAUUUGGAGACAAAGUUAGCCGAUCUUGAGAUUGAACUAAAAAAGUACAAAACAAAUGAAGACAAUAUAACCCCAACUGUGGACCAAAACGCCCCGAAAUGCCCGCCAACCGAACAAACUCUACCACAACCUUCACAUCCUGACCCCGAACCCGAACCCAGUCUUCCACUCCCGUCUACCCCAACGCCCCCACCAAUGGACGAGAGCGUGACGAGCACUACACCCGAAUCUCCA